AGAGGUUGUAAUACGUGUGCUACUAGCGAACACAGGCAGUUUGUCGUCCGUGAAGUUUUUACGUUGAUAACUGCCGCUUAGGAAGGAAUAGUUGCGAUAGAUUUAGCAGAAGACUAUACGUGCUGUAGUUGUGGCCAUCUGUAGAGUGAGACGUAUUAUAAAUUACGUUCAGUAAAUUCAGUAACUGCUAGUGAUCCGUGUGUUACGGUUCGUAGUUGUGAACUUAAUACGUCGUUCAGUGGAUACAAUAAUAAACAUGAGUACAAAAGCAUUGAUAAUUUGUUUGUUCAUAUUAUUAGUAGGAAGUGGUAAUGCAUCAAUUAUUGAUUGGAUCUGGGGAGGACAUGAUGAAAAUGCCGCUCCUAAGCCAACAAUCGGUGGUUUACCUAUUGUUAAGAUUCCCUUUGAAAUAAUUACUGACGAUGAGAAAUUCCUCCGAGAGGCCAAGAAUUACACGAGUUUGAAGUUGGAACAUUUGGAUGACUGCCAACAUCAUGUUGUCAUGAGGAUUCAUAGUGCAUGCUCAGAUCUGACAGAGGAGGAAUUGUCCAAAAUGAGCGUGGAUCUACUGAACUGUCAGGCUGUGACAAAGGGUUGGCGACGUUUUCUUUGUACUAGCAGAAUGAGCCUUCAAGAGUGCACAAGUUCGAUGGACCCAGACAUGUGGAAUGCAUACCAUCUGAUGAACAACCGAGCCAGGGCCAUUUGUUAUGCUGCCAGAAGCCAGCAGUCUCGAGCUCUCUCAGAGAUGACAGUUGACAAACUCAUGGACUCUGCACACAGCCAGCUCAACACGAUGGACUCUCUCAAGGAAGACCAUCAGAAGUUGGAAUCACUGACAGCUAGUACAUUGGAAGCUGUGUCUUAUGGCCACCAGUCCCUUAUGGAUCAGCAGGACAAGUUAAGAGUUACCCAACACAGCAUUCAGGAUUCCGUAUCCCUGAAUCUGCGACAGGUGACACGAGAGAAAGUGCUGAUAGCGUCAGGUCACCAUGAACUUGCCAAGAUGAUGGAUGAUAUCAGAAACAAAUUAGAUGAGGCGAGUUUGGAACUCAGCAGCCAGGUGAACGAGCGCCGUGAAAAUCACAAGCAACAGCUAGAAGAUCUGCGCUCUGUUGUGGACCAGGUGGCUGUCUUCUGGCAGAGGAUUGAUGGCAGAACACAGGAGAUCCUUGCACACCAUGAGUCAGCAACAGCACAGUAUGAUUCAGCGAUCUACAAGCUGUCACAGAUCAGCACCACAGUCAACUUCCUCCUGGAUCUGCUGGACAAGACCAGACAUGACAUUGAGCACCUGGGCAGGCUCAUCAACUUGACGCCAGAUACUGGCAACCAGCUGGAUCACCUUUACAGCUGUGUACUUCACUUUCUGUACCUGAUUGUGGGAAUGAUUACUGCAGCAUUUUUCAGAGCUCCGACCACCUCACGCGCUUUCCUCCUCCUCUUUGUGCCUCUGAACCUUGCUGUCACAUACACUCAUGGGGACGCAGCUGCCCUUAACUUCCCGUCCAUGACCAUACUCAUCUUAGCGUCAACAGCAGUCUGCUACGUGAUCCAGAGAGCACUACAUUAUUGGACAUCCAGACAGCCGAGACCCCUAUCCAGUCUUCAUGGCAGCCAACCACAGCCAAUGACCAGUCAGUUCAUUACUAACCCGUUACCAUGUACGAAGCCUGUUGCUCUUAUGCUGUCUCACAGGAGCAGCAUGAACACGCUGUCGCUCUUCCCUGGAGACCCUGGCAGAUGCCCUAGUUCCAUGGAGUCCAUGUCAGUUGCUGCCUCAUCCAGAGGGGACUCUCCACGGCCUGAUGAGAGGGUCCGCAUUCUGACUCCCGUGCGUGACAGAAACCUAGGUGAAGGCUCAAGUGGCAGUGGUGAGGUUGCCCUUGGGCUGGCCCAUUUUGCAGAGCGCUCUGCAAACUCCAACAGUUGCAGCAGUAACAACUGCCUUGUUCAAGCUGGCACAUCACGAACACUGAGGCAGCGCUAUUCCUCACCGGUCUACUUCCCACCCGCACGCAAACCCACCUCUUCUUUUAGUCCACCAAGACCUGUAUGCCGUGCUGUCUGUCGGAAUGGCCAACAGUGUCACACCAGUGCAUCUGUGGGCAGUGAUCUGUGUUGGAGACACACCUCCUGAUCAUCCUUUUGCCAGUACUGAAAGUUAUUAAAGGUGCCUUCAUACUGCAGAUGGUCGUACUGUUUAACACUGGUACCCGUGUGGCCCACCCAGCCACUGUGGCAGCAAUGAACCAUUUGCACAUUGCUGUCUUGCUGUGUGUGGCACCAUGUUGUAAUGUGGUUUGUGGGUACCAGUCUCUUGGAGCCUCAUGCUGGAAACGCCUUCACCUUCCAUAACGGGAAUUUCUUUUCCAGCCACAUACGCACAGCAGCAAAACGAGCAACAAGAAGAGGGCAUGGCGGUCACUGAAGCAGAUUGUUGCUCAAGAGAGGGCAUUGCAGUGGGGAGAAGAUUUUGUGCACUGUAAGAGAACAAAUUCAUGGAGGAGCAUUGUGAGGAGCGUUCACAGUACAGGAGAUCUGAGGUUGUCACAGCAGUGCCUAUGAACAUUACUGUCUUCUGGGGAGUAACGCUAUGUCAUCUGAUAGCUCAUUAUCAACAUUUCGGAGGAACAUGCUUCCUCCAUCUUCAGGAUAGAAGUGUAAGCUGAACAUGGAAAUUUGGUAUGGACACAGAGAAAGGGGGGAGGGGGGAGUGGGACACAGGUACUGAUCAAACCAGUAGGUCUGAAGAGAACAGUGUAAAGGGCACUGGCCCUUGAAAUAGUCCUCACUCUUGCUGUAUCCACUGUUUCUUCCAUGCUCAACUUACACUUUACACUGAAGAUGGAGGCAUUAGGUCACACUGAAUUGUUUCCCACCAGUCUGCAUGGCGUCACGUCUCAGAAGGCUGUAAUCUUUAUAUGACUGCUUGUUUCUGGAUGCACAUUUGAUGUUCUUCUGGGUCUGUGCCUGCUGCUAACUUCAGAUGAUGGUUGACAUUUACUUGGAACUUUCAUUU